AUGGAUAAUAGCGGCCUAAACAGCCACUAUUUAGUACAGGAACAAGCUGGCUUCGUGAAAGGAAAGGGCACAAGGGAGCAGCUUCUUAACAUCCGCCAAGUCAUCGAGAAAAGCAGAGAAUUUAACUGCCCAGUUGUCUUGUGUUUCAUAGACUACACUAAAGCUUUUGACUGCGUGCAGUGGGACAACUUGUGGACUGUGUUGCGCGAGAUGGGAACUCCGGAACAUUUAAUUGGCUUGAUUCAGCACCUAUAUGUUGAGAACCGCUCUUUUGUCAGAAUCGGCACCGACUGUUCCAGUGUGUUCAAAACAAGUUCCCCGGCCCUUUUCAACAUAUAUGGUGAAUAUAUCAUCCGGAAGGUACUGGAAAAUUGGGACAAGGGGUUUCCCAUAGGAGGAAAGCGGAUAUCAAACCUGAGGUAUGCCGAUGAUACGGUCCUUUUGGCGACGUCUGUGGAAGAUAUGCAGGAGCUGUUUCAGAGACUUGAGACGGAGAGCGACCGAAUGGGUCUCACAGUAAACAGGAGCAAGACGAAGCUAAUGGUAGUAGACCGUGCCAAAAAACUGCCCAGAAUAGUUAACAUCGUCCCAGGGGUUGAUAUCGUGGACCACUAUGUCUAUUUGGGCGCACUUAUCUACGAUGAUGGCGACUGCGUACCGGAGAUAAAAAGGCGUAUUGGUCUGGCUAAGGAAGCUAUGACCCGACUGAAUGUCAUCUGGAAGAAGAGAGGUAUAACCAGCGCCACCAAGACCCGGCUAGUACGCGCUCUAGUAUUCCCCAUAUUUCUGUAUGGCGUGGAAACAUGGACGAUACGAGCCCGAGAAAGGCAAAGGAUCGAUGCAUUCGAGAUGUGGUGCUGGAGGCGAGUUCCCAAAAUUAAUCCGAAAGUCGCAUGGAACCGGGUUAGUGUACCUUUGAAGGUACCGAAAGAGCAAGCGGCUCCCAAAGAAAAGCUCCCUGGUGGCAGUGUGGAUGAGGAGGAGUUCACUCUGGUGUCAAGAAAGAAAAAAGGCGCGCCCGUGGACUCGAGUGUGGCGCUGUAUGUGUCGCGCCUGCAUUACACCGCCUCGGCUGCUGAAGCGGUGGAGUAUGUACACCAGAAGACCGGUUACACGCUGAGGGUGUUCCAGCUUCGGUCGCGCCACUACGUGCACUUCAACUCUUUUGUGGUGCGCGUGCCGCGAUCGCUGCAGGGGACCAUCAAGUGCGCCGACUUCUAG